UGUGUCGUGCAUGAGUUUCAUUACUUGUUGCUUGUCUAAUAAGAAUGAAUAAGUGCUGUGUUUGCUUGUUAACUGCCUAUUCAAUAUGAACUACAAUUCUCUUCCAGAUAACGAUUACUGUGUGCAGUCAAAUGGGGAGUCUUGGUAUUAGCAUUGCUGGUGGAAAGGGCUCAUCUUCAUGUAAAGAAAAUGAUGAGGGAAUCCUAAUAGCACAUGUGUCCAAAGAUGGCCCACUUGACUUGGCUGGGGUACAAUCCGAAGACAAAGUUGCGGAGGAUGCUCUUAUAUCAGAACCCAGCACACCUGAUUCUGGCCCUGUUGAGACGCCACCCAAAAGUGGACCAUUCCAGACAGUAAAUCAUGUUAUAACAAUACCUCGAAUCAUCCUAACACGCCCUUCCACUUCAGACGAAGACACGGACCAGUUAGCGCAAGACCCUGAUGACUUUGAGCCCGAGGAGACGGACAGUUCAGAAGGCCAUCUCUAUUCAGACUGUUUAAACAAUGCUUUUUACCCCCCUUAAUAAAUUAUUCUUUUUAGA